AUGUCUUCUCUAAAGGAUGCAAAAGAGGUUAUUCAGGCUGGAGGCACCGACAAGUGGGGUCGUGUUAUAGAGGUUAUCAAGAACAGGGUUGGUAUGGGAUUUCAGCAAGGGUCGUUCAACGAAAAUGUCAAGGCUAUGCAAGAAGUUUUCCGCAGUGGAGGGUUCAUUUACAAGGAUGAUCAAUACUCAACUGUAGUUAUUGAAGAUGACGAUGAAGAUGAAGCUUGUACCAACUUCGUGACACACGGCCAGACUUGCAGCAAUUGGGUUGCUGUAGACGUUCCUAGAAGGAAUACUCGAAAAUACAGUUUCAGAUGUUCCAAUCUUGUGGAACUAAGAAAGCUAACAUCUUUUCUGGAUGAUCCUAAGGGUUUCAGAGACCGUUUUGGAAGACUUCUAUCUAUACUAUCUACUGAUGUUAAGGAUGGCCUUCUUUGUACUUUGGUUCACUUCUAUGAUCAUGUUUAUCGGUGCUUCACUUUCCGUGAUUAUCAGUUUUUGCCUACCAUGGAGGAGUAUGCUCACCUUUUAGGCGUGCCAGUUUUUGAUAGAGUUCCUUUUAGUGGAGUGGAAGGAAUCCUGAAAUCCCAAGUUAUUGCUGAAGGCACUCACUUGAGGAAGUCUGACAUAGAUGCCAAUCUCACUGUCAAAGGAGGUAUCAGAUGGUUUACUUCAAAGUUAUUGAUUGAGAAAUCCUUUUCUUUUUCUAACGCUAGUAGCAUGAUGGAAUUUGAUACUAUUCUCGCUUUACUCAUCUACAAUUUGGUUUUGUUUCCUCACAUUGAUAACUUCGUUGAUGUAAAUGCUAUUAGGAUCUUCUUGAUUAGGAAUCUCGUUCCAACUUUGCUCGGUGAAACUUAUUUCUCCACUCAUCAUAGGACUUCUAAACAGGGUGGAACUAUUGUUUGUUGUGCGCCUUUACUAUACAAGUGGUUUAUUUCGCACUUGCUGCAGUCUCCUAUCUUCACAGAAAACAAGGAUUGUUUAAGGUGGUCCCAAAUACUUAUGUUUCUCACCAAUGAUGACAUAACUUGGUAUUCUUCUGUUUAUGACGACGUUGGGAUUAUUAAUAGUUGUGGGGAGUUCUCUAAUGACAAACCUAUUAACACUUUGUUAGAAGGUUUAUUUUUCCAAGAAGGGAAAUAUACUCAAGGUUUAAAAGUUAGGAUGGUACGUGCUUGGCACAAUGUUCAUAGGAAAGGAAAAUGUGAGCUUAGAUUGAAGAAUUAUACAACUUUGGAGCCUUACACUAGUUGGGUGAAGAAGAGAGCAAAAGAAUUCAAGAUGUCAUAUUCUUAUGAAAGACCUAUGUCCCUAGUAAUGCUCAAAUCGCCCACUAUUAAAGGCAGAGAUGAGUUGCAAGAGGCUUUGGAUAGGAUGAAGCAAGAGAGGGAUUCUUGGGAAGAAAAAUUUCAUACCUCACACCUUGAUAAAGUAGAAUUUAAUAAGCAGCUAAAGGAAAAAGACGACUUGAUAGAAUUGCUUGAGCAACGUGUUGUGAAGAGAUCAAGGGACCAAGACGAUUUAUUUUCCUCUAAUAGCUCAUCAUCUACUCAUAUUUCUACUUCCAGCAUUUGGAAAGGCAUUGUAGACCAGAUCGUGAUGGAGAAGGAUGCUUUGGAAAGAAACUACGAAAGAGAGAUCAAAAGGCCUCGCAAGAAGUAUCAGCUUGGCGUUGGGUCGACAUCAGAUAUGAUUCCAUAA